CGGGUACAGAAAGCUUCGUGAUGCGCUGUCGUGUUUCUCACGUUGUAUGGACCUGUUCAGGAAGUGGGAUGUGUAUACACUAUUAGACCGCGUAAUCUGAGCUAUCUAACCACAUGAUCAUUAGCACGACUAUUACGAAUACGCUUGUGACAGUGUACUUCGCCUGAGUAGCGUGUCUGUUUACCACAUCGCCGACCAGGUAACGGCGACUUCUUUCAAUAUGGCCUUCUUUCGCCAGCUCCGGCUGCUUAUGUGGAAGAAUUCCCUUCUACAACGCAAAAAGAUUUGUGUGACUGUUUUUGAGAUUCUUCUACCUCUCCUUUUUGCGGGAAUAUUUUUCAGCAUGAGAUUUCUAGUUCCUAUAGAACACGAACCGGCAAGUAUCUACCCACCUUCGGUCGUGGCCCGAGGCUUCGACGAUUUUUAUGAGGGAACUCAGAUAUUGUACUGGCCUAACAAUACACUCAUCAAUGGCUUGAUGACUGACGUGAAUGCUACUGUAAUUAACAACACACAUUAUCAACAUACACAUUCGUUCAAAGGGUUUUCCGCCAGAAAAGACAUGUUGGAAUACUUCAGCAUGAAUUCUAACAAUAUUCCCUUUGCUGUUGAGUUUGAGAACGUUGCAAAGACAGACACGGUUUUGCCCAGGGAAGUGCUGCUCGCCAUACGCCCCAUAUCGUAUGAAUACGACAACUGGCACACAAGAGAUACCUUCCCUUUCAUGGAUUCAGGAACACCACGUUACGCCGGCAAUCCUGACUACACGAACUUCAUGACUGUCCAGCUUCUUCUAUAUGAAGCUAUCAUCAAACAACUCACCCCAAACUCAACUGAUGUAAUCAAGCAGCUGAAUGUUCAGCUGAUGCAAAUGCCAUUCCCGCCCUAUAUCGAUGACACCAUGAUUCAGCUGCUGCAGUACAUGUUUCCGGUGUUGCUGAUGCUGAGCUUCAUCCUGAUGGCAAUCCAGACAACGAAGGGAGUUGUUUACGAGAAGGAAAGAAAACUGAAAGAGUCCAUGAAGCUGAUGGGUCUGAGUGCUGCAGCUCACUGGACUUCUUGGUUCCUGACCAUCUUUAUAUAUGUGGUAAUAGUCAUGGUCCUGUACGCUCUGUUGUGUGGCAUUAAUGUCAGUGGAAAUGGAGCCGCUCUGGCCAAAUCAGAUCCCUCCCUGUUCUUUGUGUUCCUCCUCUGUUACGGCGUCUCCAUCAUCUCCUACUGCUUCAUGAUCAGCGUCUUCACUCAAAGAGCAAAUAUCGGAGCAGCAAUCAGCGGGAUCGUGUUCUUCAUAUCCUAUUGCCCGUACUUCUACCUGCAGAUCACAUACCAGACAAUGUCCAGGCCAGCUAAACUGGCUUCCUGUCUCCUGUUUAAUGUGGGAAUGGCGUUUGGUGCAAAUGUCAUAUCACUCUAUGAAGGAGCUGGUUCUGGUGCGCAGUGGUCUAAUUUUCACGAACCUGCCACUAUAGAUGACAACCUCUCCUUGCUGGACACCAUGUUGAUGUUGCUAGGCGACACGGCAAUCCACCUCCUCAUCACCUGGUAUAUGGACAAUGUGUGGCCAGGGGAGUUUGGUGUACCGAGACCACUCUAUUUCCCUUUCACUAGAACAUACUGGUGUGGAACAAAGCAGAUAAAAGAUGAUUAUUCGACUGUUGGACAUUGGGAUGAGAAGCACUUUGAGAAGGAACCAAGUGGAUUGACCACUGGAAUAUCUAUCAAUAACCUAAAAAAGGUUUUCGGCUCCGGGUCUAAGCAAAAGGUAGCUGUGGACGGGAUGAGUCUCAACAUGUUCGAGGGUCAGAUCUCUGUUCUCCUGGGUCACAACGGCGCUGGAAAAACUACAACCAUGUCUGUUCUGACAGGUUUUAUACCUGCUUCUGGAGGCACCGCCAUUGUGAACGGUUACGACAUUAACAACGACAUCCAGAGUGUCCGACAGAGUCUAGGUCUCUGUCCUCAACACAACAUCCUGUUUGACAGUCUGACCGUUCAGGAACAUCUCGAGUUCUUUGCCUGUUUGAAAGGUUGUCCAAGUACCGAUGUUAAAACCGAAGUUGACACUACCAUCAAUGAAGUUGGCCUGAGUUUAAAGAAACGCACCCAGUCUCAGCAUCUAUCUGGAGGGCAGAAGAGGAAGCUUUCUGUUGGCAUUGCUCUGAUUGGAGGCUCGAAGAUCGUGAUCUUAGACGAGCCUACUUCCGGUAUGGAUCCUGCAGCCAGGAGACAGACAUGGGACAUCUUCCAGAGGAACAGACAGGGCCGGACAAUGCUGCUGACCACUCACUUCAUGGACGAAGCUGACGUUCUCGGCGACCGCAUCGCCAUCAUGGCAGAAGGGGUGGUCAAGUGCUGUGGGACAUCGUACUUCCUGAAGAAACUCUAUGGAGCUGGCUACCACCUGGUGAUGGUGAAGGAACCCACCUGUCAGGUGGCAUCAGUGACGGCAGUUGUCCAGCAACACGUCCCUACAGCAGUCAUGGAGAGUGAGAUCAAUGCUGAACUCUCCUACCUGCUGCCUGAUGACCAGUCAGCCAAAUUUGCUGCUCUCUUCACAGAAAUUGAAAGUCGGGCAAAGGAACUGGGUAUUACCAGUUUCGGUACAUCCGCCACAACCAUGGAAGAGGUGUUUCUAAAGGCUGGUGAAGAGGAGCAAGUUGAAGAGCAAGGUUAUGACAACGACUCAGUGGGAUCCACAGACAACUUGUUAUGUAACGGCGGCUACAAUCAUCAAGCUACAGGGUUGGCGGGAAUUUUAGAAUUCAAUGAGGGGUUCAUCAAAACCAAAGGUGUAAUGUUGGAGCUGUCUCGCUUCAGAGGAAUGUUUGUGAAGAAGGCUCUUCACACAUGGAGGAAUAGGACCAUCACCAUUGUCCAGCUUCUGUUGCCUGUCAUAUUUACUAUUGUUGCUCUGGUUGUCGGCCAGAUAAAUUUUGGAAGAGAGGCUGACGUUCCACUGACUCUGGACUUGAAACCAUUCAAAGGAACAUUUGUCCCAUAUCUUGAUGGUCCAACGACAGGAGACCUGGGAUCGCUGCCACAGGAGUAUGCCAAGGCAUACAGUGAUCAGUUCAGGGGAACUGUCAACAAAGUCGAGAAAGUUGAUCUGUCAAAGUAUCACAAUGUAACAAAUUAUUUCUUAGCAAGAGCAAGAGACCUUGGCAUCGGUGGAUACAACAAGAAAAUGAUCAUCGGAGCACAGUUUAAAUCUAGCCAAGGCGUAAUUGGUUUUUUUAAUAGCCAGCCUUACCAUGGUCAACCCAUAGCUUUGUCUUUCAUGAUGAAUGCAAUACUCAAACAUUUUACAUCUCAGGAUCAUUCGAUCACCACAAUCAACAACCCACUUCCUUUUGAUGCAAAGAGAUCAUCGGAUGACAUAGAGGGACUUGCAACUACACUUGGCUUUUCUAUUGCUUUUUGUCUCCUGUUUGGUAUGGCCUUCCUAACUUCAUCCUUCGUGUACUUCCUCAUCAAGGAGAGACUGGUUGGCGCCAAACAUCUUCAGAUUGUUAGUGGAGUUGGACCAUUUGUCUUCUGGUUGUCCAACUUUGUCUGGGACUACAUCAACUACCUGAUUCCAUCCCUGUUGCUGCUGGUUGUGUUUGCAGGAUUCCAGUCGCCAGCAUAUACAGAAGAUGGGAGAUUAGGCAUCGUGUUCCUCAUCCUGCUUGUGUAUGGUUUGGCAGUUCUGCCCUUCAUGUAUGCUCUUCAGAAUAUGUUCAAGUCCCCUCCUACCGGAAUGGUUGUCAUCAUCAUCUUGAAUAUCAUCACAGGCUUGGCAACACUUUUGACAGUAUUCAUGCUGACCAUAGUGGAAAAGAAAGCAGAAGCUGAUACUGCAGACUGGGUGUUUCUACUGAUAUUUCCUCACUACAACUUUGGCAAGUCCUACAUGGACAUGUACAGCAACUAUUUGUACCUGGAUAGUUGCACCAAGCAAAACUACACUUUCCUUUGUGUGACAUCGCCAAGUAAUCCAUGUUGCAUACACAACGGAACGUGUGGUGACUAUUGCUAUGAAUUUACUGAAAACUUCCUCGAUUGGGACUCUCCGGGAGUCGGACGCUAUGUUGUCUUCAUGCUGUUCCAGGCAGUGGUUUAUAUGUCUGUGACACUGUUCAUUGAGUAUCAGAUACCGCAGAGAAUCUGGUAUGCCUUCAGACCACAGGAAACGGAAGAACCACAACCCGGUGCAUCGUUCUUCAGUCCAAUUCAACACGUUCCAGAGGAUGGAGAUGUUCUCAGUGAGAGGCAACGCAUUGAUGAAUUACCCAUUGGAAUCGGGAACUCAGAUGCACUGGUCCUGAAGGACGUUUACAAACGAUACGGGAACUUCGUUGCUGUUGAUCAUCUGAGUGUGGGCAUACCAGAGAAGGAGUGUUUUGGUCUCCUUGGACAAAACGGUGCAGGAAAGACAACCACAUUUAAAAUGAUUACUGGAGAUGUAAUGCUGACACAUGGAAAUGUUUUCUUGCAGUCUUAUGACAUCAAGAAUCAUACACAAAAGGUGCAGGAGAACAUGGGCUACUGUCCCCAGUUUGAUGCUCUGAUUGACCAGAUGACAGGAAGAGAGACUCUCACCAUGUACGCCAGACUCAAGGGAGUGCCGGAGAGCUGCAUCAAAGCCGUCUGUGACAACCUGCUGAAUAUCAUGAUGCUCAGGCAGUAUUCAGACAAACCAACAUCGGAGUACAGUGGAGGCAACAAGCGUAAGCUGAGCACCGCUAUCGCUCUGGUUGGAGACCCGGCCUUCAUCAUGCUGGAUGAGCCGUCCACAGGGAUGGACCCCAAGGCCAGGAGGCAGCUCUGGAACGUCCUGUCAAAGGUCCGGGAACGUGGUAGGACCCUCGUGCUCACGUCUCACAGCAUGGAAGAAUGUGACGCUCUUUGUACAAGAAUUGCCAUCAUGGUGAAUGGAAGAUUUGUGUGUCUUGGAACACCACAACAUUUGAAGACCAAAUUCGGCCAGGGCUACACGCUGAUAGCUAGGAUGAAAACAGUUGAAACAGGAGUAUCAGAAGAAAGGGCUCCCGCUUUAACUGAACCUCUGGUGAACUUCAUCACAGCAACCUUUCCUGAAACCAAGGUGUUCGACGACCACCAGGGCUAUGUUCACUUCCAAGUUCCUUACAACGCCGUCAGUCUCGCCCAGGUCUUCACGGUGAUGGAACAAUCCAAGGCGCAGUUCUCUGUCGAGGACUAUUCAGUUCACCAAACUACCCUUGAACAAGUGUUCCUUUCAUUUACACGUUCGCAAGUUCCACCAAAGGAGGAUAAAACAAGCCGUUGCAAGAGACUAUGCUGCUGCUGUUAAAAAUAUAAUUAUAGAGUAUGGGGAAUAACAUCACAGUUGAGAAGUAUUAUCUGUUAUAUUAUUACAACACAUCCGGUGUAGAGACUUGGUCAUGUGAUGCCUAAGUACUCUAGAUCAUAGCUUAAAUGUUUUCUCGUCCAGACAUUUGUUUCCUGGUACAGAGAGUGACAUAUCAACAUUCCAUGGAUGCCACCUAUAAAUUCCAAUGUAGUUAAACGAAGGCAUUUAAUGUCAAGGUUUAACUCUUUUUUUUCACAUUUGCAUCAAAAUGUAUUACCUCAUACAUACAUUACAGACAUUCUGUCAGCAUAUGAAUAUGCCUCUUUGUAUGUCGACAUGACAUGACAUGUAUGAGACAAAAGGGAUGGUAAUUUCUUUUCAGUUACUAUUGUUAUGAACUAUUUAGAAACAAUCUGUAAUUAUCACAUAUUCUCAUUAAAGUUUCCAAUGACAAUUAAACAUAAGAUAAGUAUCUAGAAGAAAGAAAUGAAAAAUAUCAGAUAAUGCCAUAAGAAAACAAACAUUUGAAAGUAAACAGGGAAGUUUUAUAUUAAAUGACUGUAUCCCUCUCACAGCAUCACAAUAUCACAUUAUUAAUAAAUGUUCUUGAAUAAAAACCAAUUUAGAAAUUAUAUUUAGAAAUUACAAGAAAUGUAAUCAUGCAAAACUGUACUAGUCAACCACAUUGUUGCCUACACUUCAGCUCCUGUUCUACACUGUAAAUGUUCUUACUUAAUGUUGAACCGCCUCCGUGGUCUAGAGGUAGAGCGUCCGCCCGGAGAGCGGAAGGUCCGGGGCUCGAUCCCCGGCUGCGUCAUACCAAAAGACGUUAAAAGAUGGUACUUGUUGUUACCCUGUCUGGCG